AUGGAUUUCAUCAAGACCAGUUCCCUGCGUGCUCUGAUUGAGUUAACUUUCCAACGCAAUUGGAAUGGCCUCAUUUGGAUGAGUAGAAAAGGAGUUAUAACCAAAAGAGUGGAGACUGUCCAGACGGCUCUAUCGAGAAACAGCGCCCAAACCGCGCAGUCCGGCUGGCCGAGAAACUAUUGUUUCGCGCUCGGCCAAAGUCAUUCCGUCCGACUGAAGUCUCGGCCAAAGUUCCAAACCGACCGGCCGAUCACGCAACGACCCGGGAAACAUUGUCCCGCGGUCGGCCAAGCCAAACGCUCACGCCACGCCGCGCACGACCAAAGCGCGCGAGCCGGGAAACAAGCCUCGCGGCCGCGCAACCCUUCCGCGUGCCACGGCCGAUGCAUCCGUCCGAGCCGGGAAAGAACGUCCCACGUCCGGCCGAGAAACCAUCGGCCAAAUCUUCAUCCGUCCGACCACGCCGGCCGACCGUGA